AUGCCACGAGCCUCCCCCGAAGAUGGCAAAGGUCUUGAGGAUCCCCUAGCGCCAGCCAGCAUCGCUGCCAGCUAUCGGAUGUUUGAUGCUACUGCAGCGCCGGUGCCUCAACAGCUCAGCUAUCACUUCUACUCCUCAUUCCGUCCUGGUCCACGUGAACGGUCUCUCGACCGUGGCAGCAUCAACAAAGUUAUUCAACAAACAGUGCCCGAAAAGACCAUGACUGAUGGCUCCCAUGUCACUGACGCAAAUGACAUCGAAAUUUUGCAAGUAACGGAAGCCACGCCAGGUCCAGCAGCCAAGGGGUUGGAAGCAGGAAGUGACUCUAACCUGAAGAAGGACCUCACCCGCGGGCAGCAGGAAUACCAGAACCCGAAGGAACAUGAGGUGCCCACCGCUCCGAAGAAAAGAUUCAGUGAUAUUGAGCUGCCACAGGUGGCAAGCAAGAAGGCGAAAAUGACAGCGUCGGAUAGCUCUCUCAGCCCCAAUAUCAGCAUCGAUGUGCCGGACAGCUCCAAGACACGUACAGAGGAGCCAUACGUCAGCACCAAGAUCAUUGACGACCGGCCGGCACGAACUGCCGUCCAAAGAAACUCCUCAUAUCAGCACGAGCGUCAUAAUCAAGAUGACACGGAUGAUGACGAGGAUAAGCCGCAGGUGCUGACCGAGGGCCAGAAUAGUACGUCUGAGUCUAUCGACUGCAAAGUUUUCUGA